AAAAUGAAAACACAAUUAUUUCGUUUUCAUUUUCAAGCAACAACUAAUGGACUCAGCUCCGAAAUCAUGCAACCGCCGCCUCCUCCUCCUCCUCUAGCUCUCUCUCUCACCCUCGAUUUCCUCGACAAAAAAUCCAGCUCUCUCAAAUUCCUCACUUCUCUAACAGACACAAAAAAAUACUUACACCUAUAAACAUACGAAUACAUAUAAAUACAAAAAGAGAUUCCUUGCACGCAAAUGGAUCGGAGGAGGACUGAAAGUCCGGUGUAUGCACGGCAGUGGAGCAGCGAUUCUCGUGGUUCAAGCGGUACGGGAUCGUCAUCGCCGGCGCGGAUGUCACCGGCACACCCGAACUCACGGCUAGGUUCAAGCAUGUCAACAAUCAAGCGCACACAAAACGUUGCAGCUAAGGCCGCUGCACAGCGGCUAGCUCAGGUGAUGGCGUCAUCGCAGACGGCGGAUGACGACGAAGACGACGACGAUCUAGGGUUCCGAUUCCCUGCUCCACCGAAUCCGGUUUCUGCUUCGUCGGGGUUUAGUAGUGUAAACCAUAGAGGGAGUAAUAAUGGUGUUUCGGUUAUAAGACCUAAUAGAUCUCCGUCUCCUGCGCUAGGUCGGAACUUUAUGGAGAAUGUGCCUUCAGCUCGGUCUACAUCAGCUGGAAGGUCAUCAAUGUCAGUUCGUACAGUGACAGUAGUGCCACCUAGCAAACAGUCACUAAGAACUCCCAUUUCUAUACCUCCCAUCGAUCCUCCAUCCAGUAGGAGUAGAGAUAAUAAGAGGUUCACAUCAGAUAUGGGACAGCUUAAGACUGAUGCAGGAGAUCAGCGUGAAGCAUCAGCACUUCGUGAUGAACUUGAUAUGCUACAAGAAGAAAAUGAAGUUAUACAUGACAAGCUUCGGAGUGCUGAAGAAAAACGUGAGGAGGCAGAGGCUAGAGCUAGGGAGCUCGAGAAACAGGUUGCUGCUCUUGGUGAAGGUGUAUCCUUAGAAGCUAAACUGUUGAGCCGGAAGGAAGCUGCAUUGCGUCAAAGAGAGGCUGCUCUUAAAGCUGCCAAACAAUCGACAGAUGGGAGAGAUGCAGAAAUUGCAACCCUUCGUACAGAACUUGAGAACUUGAAAGAUGAGGCUGCAGCAGCUGCUGAACAGCUCCAAGAAGCUGAAUCUGAAACGAAAUCUCUUCGCACGAUGACACAAAGAAUGAUUUUGACUCAGGAAGAGAUGGAGGAGGUUGUCUUGAAGAGAUGUUGGCUUGCGCGUUACUGGGGUUUAGCUGUACAACAUGGGAUUUGUGCAGAUGUAGCAGUGUCUAAGCACGAGCAUUGGUCUGCUCUAGCUCCUCUUCCAUUUGAAGUUGUCAUUUCUGCUGGACAAAAGGCUAAGGAGGAGUCAGAUAGAGGUGGUCGUGAUUCAGAUAGGAGUAAAAUAGUUCGUGAUUUGAGUGAUCUUACUGGAGAAGGAAAUAUUGAGAGUAUGCUUUCAGUUGAAAUGGGAUUGCGGGAAUUAGCUUCUUUAAAGGUUGAGGAUGCAGUUGUACUUGCUCUGGCUCAACACAGACGACCAAGUACGGUUCGACAAACCUUCUCAGAUUCGAGACCACCAGGUGAUCCCAAGUUUACUGAGGCCAUUGAAUUAAGUGAAGCAGAGGCAGACGAUGUUCUUUUCAAAGAGGCUUGGCUAACUUAUUAUUGGAGAAGAGCCUUGGUUCAUGGUGUGGAAGAGGAUAUUGCAGAAGACCGGCUUCAGUUUUGGAUUAGCCGUAGUGAGCAGGCACCAACUUCACAUGAUGCUGUGGAUGUUGAGCGAGGCGUAGUGGAGCUAAGGAAGUUGAGCAUAGAGCAACAGCUAUGGGAAGCAUCUCGGAGAGAAAUUGACCAGUCUUCUUUUGCCCCAGUUGCUAACCAUAAACGCACAGAUUCAGAGCUCUCUUCGUAACGGUUUGCAGUUUAAAUAGCCACAUUCUUUCCUUCCAUUCUCUCUUGUAAGUUGUUGGUGUCAAUUUUAAUACAUGCAAUUUUCAUUUUUGUAUAUAUUUUUCUUCUCCACAUUCAAUUAUCGCUACAAAUCCCCUUCAAACUCUUACACAACAGAAUUUGUGUAGAUGAGUCAAGUGUGUGAAAUUAGGGAUUCCUUUACUACUUAAAUUUUGUAUUUAUGCCAUUCAUAUGAAAAAGGCAAAAACCGUUGUUUAAUGUCACUUUGCGCAUCUACAUGGAAAUAUUAAUUCAAUAAACUGUUCAGUAUACGGUAAUUAAAUUUUUUUCCCUGUUCAUCUAAUUCGUUUGAAAAUUUUCAGAAUGUAUCAUCUUCAAAUUUCACGAGGCCUUUACCUGCAGGGUUUCCCUCUACAAAGGCAUAGAUCUUGCCCAUGGGUCCCCGCUGAUUUUUCUCCUUAUGUAGAGCAUAGGGCAGCAACUUUGCGAGUGUAAUAGAGAGUAGGCUUGUAUUUUACUGGGCAGGUUCUUCCAUUUAUUCUGCCAAUUUUAUUUUGGCCCAAGAUGAAACAAGGUGCCGGUCCUAAAAAAUCAGCAAGUUUCCUGCCGAUUAAAUAUGAUUUGGCAUCAAAAUUGUUUGUGGUGACCUUUUCAGUUUCUUUUCUUUUUCUACUUUGUCAGCCCAAGGUCUAUAACGGGCCUAAUGGCUCCCACGUUGCCACAAGACCUUUUGUAUAUAUUGUCGAGGGGUGUUCAUAAAAAUAUAUAUAGUUGGUCAAGUUUGGGUUUGUAAUUGUAUCUAAUUUAAUUUUUAAUAUUUUUACAAAUUGUAAAUCUGAUUUAUUUAAUUUUUUUGAGACUCAAAGUUUAGCUAAGUUUUUCGUGAAUAUUACAAAUAUUCAUGAGUUGGUUUA